AUGCAAUUCGCUCCCGAGAAGACUUUCUUGCGAAAUGGAGUCCAUCUCGAUUCGAAUUCCAACAAGAAGUUCUACACCAGUGGCGAUCAGGUUACUGGAGUCGUCCAUUAUGAUCCUCCUUGGGGCACAAAAUCUGUAACGGAUGUUAAUAUCAACUUGUACGGCGACGCCGAUGCGGACUGGUUCACAGACUGCGAUAACAGCGAGUCGAGGACUGGAAUACUUGAACUCAACAUCAUUCUUUACCGUGGGGCUGCGAUGGAAAAGAAGAACUUUCCUUUUGAAUUCAAGUUUCCAUCACACACAACGCCAACAACACCACAUCAUCCGUGGAAUCCCAACGACCAAUUUGAACACGAAUAUGGCCAUCCUUUACCACGCACGGAAGAUUGUCCGUUUUUCAAAAAGGUUGAAGUACCAACCGUCACUGGACACUAG